UUUUUACGGACUUUCAGACAUUGAUUCCGACGUGACCGAUUUUGACCCCAACAAUAAUCUGCAAUAAGAUAAAACAAUACUUAUUACUGUAUAUCAUACUAACAAACCUAUACCUAGACGACUAAGGGACCCCGUAUUCCAGACCAAUCAAGUAAUAAACCGGCCAAUUCCGAGAGAAGCUUACCAUAACGAUCUCCCCUGAGAUCACAGGCCGCUUCAAACUCCUCGUAACCAUAGAAUCGGAACCGGUCUUCAGGAAACGGAACCGGACUGUUCUCGAGAACGGAGAGCACACAAUUCCAUGUGAAAGCAAUGGUCACGUCUGGCUCAGCAACUCGGUACACACUCUUGCUUUUAGAUCCAUAAAAGUUAUUAAGCCAGUAGACGGAACCAGCGAACAUAUGAGGCAAAUAGGUCUCGAUCCUGUUUGGUGAGAUGAACCCUUGGAUCACAGUACCCUGAUGAUAACAAAAAACAAAAGCAACGAAUGGUAGUAUUUGAUCGAACAAGCAAUACCAAUACAAAAUCAUAAAUGUCGGAUUAUACAUGUUCGUCAAUCAGAAGCAUUUCAAGACCAAAAAGGACCUUCGUGAGUGUGUUCCGAGCCUCCCAAAAAUGUAUCAGACGAAACCUUAGCUCGCCUUCUUGUGGUCCGAACUUGACAUCUUUGAAGAACAAUAUUUCGUCUGAGGCGGAGACGACAGCUUUGCCGUUUAGUUUCUUGGAAUUUGGAACGUCAGUGACAGCGAUAGCGAGAGAGACUCCGUGUUGACGAGCUCGUUUGACCGGAUCGGCGGAGGAGACAACGACCUUGUCGUUUGGUUUCUUGGACUUCAAAUCGCCGGAGAUAGCUGUAGGGAGAGAAUCUUCGGGUUGGCCGGCACAUUUGGCAGGAUCUGCGGAGGAGACAACGGCUUUGCCGUUUUGCUUCUUGGACUUCGAAUCGCCGGAGGCAGCUGUAGCGAGAGAGACUCCGGCUUGACCGACUCGUUUGACCGGCUCGGCGGAGGAGACAACGUCUUUUCCGUUUGGUUUCGUCGCGGGAACAUCGCCGAAAAUAGGUGUUUGGCUGUUGGAAUUCAUGGUUUGAGAUAUUUGUGUGUGUAACUAAUCUGGAGAAAAUACGAAGGUUAUAUAGAAAUCGGAAAGGGGAUAGGCGAAAGAACACAUUAAUGAGUUAUCCAGAGGAUUCAUUGCACACUCAUGAAUACGGUGCCGAUUGAUCGAUCCAUGGAGAAAGGAGAAACGACGAAGAGAGGAGUCGUCGAAGAGAAUAAUCGCUGCACCGUUUUAGGGUUGGCAAGCGAAGCGCUGAGAGGAGACUGAUAUUGGGCUACACACGAGGUUGGGUUUUCUUUUAUUUUGAACGAAUCAAUUAAAAAAUAGAAGCCCAAGAUCAGCCCAAGUUUGUUUGACGUGGACAAACGAACAAAUCCCAUUGGUCGAUUUUAUCUGUCGACGUGAGGACCUCUCCGUUGAGGAUAUUCAGCUUUUAGUUAUUGUAUGAUAGAUAUGAGAUUUAAAAUAUACAACAAAAAGUAGGUAAGAAAUAUGUAUGUAAUUAUUGACAUGAACUACAUUGAAGCAAGGAAGAGACACGUUUGUGUCUCAUUGUAAAACCGAUAAACCCAAGGAAGCAAAAUUUCCUAGCUAUGAUGUUGGCCUUUCCUCGUCUGUGGGGCGUUCUAUACUCACUGCAUUAUGACUCUGUAGGUAAAUUUUGUGAUUGUAAAGCAUGGUGGGAGUAAAUCAGAUAGAUAAUAAACUUCUAGGUAUCGCGAAUAUAAAGUUGAAAAUAAAGGAUCAAAGCAGAAACUAAAGUAAAUAUAUAAAACCGUAAUUUGACUACCGAAGCUGUCGCGGACUAAACCUAGUACUCUCUCUCUCUUCCUUCUCCUCUGCCUCUCGAACGUACCAGUUAACAACAAUGUCGAUCCCUUGUCUCACAGAAGAAACUGCCAAAACUGUUCUCCGUCAGGUGGAGUUCUACUUCAGUGAUAGUAACCUUCCCAUUGAUGAUUUCUUGAAGAAGACAGUUACACAGAGUGAAGAUGGAUUGGUUAGUUUGGCGUUGAUAUGUUCAUUCAGUAAGAUGAGAGGAUACUUGAAGUUGGGUGAUUCCAAAGGAGAUGAGAUUCCUGAAGAUACCAUCAAAGCUGUUGCUGAUACUCUUCGUACCUCUAAGGCUCUCAAGGUUUCUGAAGAUGGGCAAAAGGUUGGUAGGAGUACAGAGAUGUUGAAGCUAGGGGAUUUGAUUGAACAACUUAAUGCUAGGACUGUUGCUGCUUCACCUUUCUCCUUUGAUGUUAAAAGGGAUGACGUGGAAGCUUUUUUCAGUCAGUAUGGAAAGGUUAAUAGUGUGAGGCUGCCUCGCCAUGUUGCAGAGACGAGAGUGUUUUGUGGCGUUGUCUUGGUAGAGUUCCCUACAGAAGAGGAUGCCCAGAAUGUUAUCAAGCAAAAGUUGGUCUUUGCUGGUCUUGACUUGGACAUGAAACCAAAGAAAGAGUUUGAUGAUGAAAGGGAGAAAGAUGAAGAGAAGUUUGCUGACUACCGUCCUCAAAAGGGUUCUGCAAAUCAGAAGAACGGCUCUGAUCAUAAGAGCGGUUCUGAUUAUGAGGCAAAUUAUCCCAAAGGUUUGAUCAUUUCAUUCACUCUAAAGCGCUCAGAUGAAGAAGGUACCACAGAAGAGAAGAGUUCUGAAGAGCCAACUGCUAAGACAAUGGAUGAAAAUGAAUCAAAGCCUGCGGAUACAGAAAACACUGAUCAGGUUCAGGGACAAGGAACAGAGGGUGAAGAUGAAGAGGAGUCUCUUGACUCUCCAACUAAGAAUGGAGAGAGAGAAGAAAAGGGUGCUCUAGCUACCCAUAAAGAUAAUAAAGAAGUUGUAUUGCGUGAAGAUCUUAAGGCCGUGUUUGGAAAAUUCGGUGAUGUCAAGUUUGUGGACUUCAAAAUGGGAGCAGAAACGGGUUACCUUAGGUUUGAUGAACCAGAAGCAUCCCAGAAAGCCCGUGCAGCAGCAGUAUUAGCUAAAGAAGGUGGACUAUCCGUGAAGAAUUUCAUAGCUGUCCUAGAACCUCUCACCGGCGAAGCUGAAAAGGAGUACUGGGGUCUCCUUCGCAGCAAAGACAAGGGUGGCCGUGGAGGAAGGGGAGGAAAACGAGGAGGAGGAGGGAGAUUCGGGAGAAAGAGGGGAUGUGAUUCACCGGGUGGUCGCUGGAACAAAGCUCAGAAGGUGGAAGCAUGAUGGUUGACGACACUCUUUCUAGUCUCUCUUUGUAGCUAGUGACUUACUUGUGUCUGCCUUUUAAUAUAUAUUUUGUGGUUGCGACUUUAUCUAAGUAUACAACCGCGCCGACGAAACCUUUAUUAUCUACUUGUGACUUGCUGGCGAUAUGCUAUGACUAGAAACCAAGCAGCAAAUUUUGUAGUAGUAGUUGCUAUAUUUGGCAAAGUUUUGCAUAAAAUCCAUAUCUGGUUUCGUUUAAAUAUCUUUGGAAAGAAUGCUUGUUUACU